GGCCUUUUGACUGUGAAAUUCAUGCAGUUGGUUUAAGCCCGGAUUUUGUUAGAGCAGGAGCUGAUCAUGAAGACUGUGAAAGGCUUCUGUGUGCUUUUCAUGCUGCAUCUGUGUUUCUUUGACUCUGGAAGGACUGGGAAAGUACUUGUAUGGCCCAUGGAUUUUAGUCAUUGGAUUAAUUUAAAAGUUAUUCUGGAAGAACUCCAUCUUCGUGGGCACGAAAUAACCAUACUGGUACCUUCACCCAACCUUAUGAUGGAUGAUAGCAAGAUUCCCUUUAAUGUAGAGAGCCUUCAACUUUCAGUAACUAAAGAAGAUCUCAUGGAAGAGUUCAAUAACGAUUUCUAUACAGCUAUUUUUGAACUGCCAAGACUUUCGUGGUGGGACACGCAAGUAAAACUGAUAGAAUUGAACAAGAAUUUUUUAAGAACACUCAAAAGAGCAUGUGACAGUGCUAUCACAAAUACGGAGUUACUCAGCAGGCUACAGGCAGCUAAGUUUGAUAUCUGUGUUGCUGAUCCUUUAAGCUUUUGUGGGGAGCUCUUGGCUGAGCUUCUCAAUAUUCCAUUUAUAUACUCUUUUAGAUUUUCUGAGGGGAAUGUCAUUGAGAGAGUGUGUGGAGGGCUUCCCUCUCCUUCUUCUUAUGUUCCUGGCAGCACGACGGGACUGACAGACAACAUGACUUUUGUACAGAGGCUGGAGAAUUGGUUAUUUUACACAAUGAAUGAUAUGAUGUUUUUAUAUUUUCUAUUUCCGGAAUGGGAUGACUAUUAUAGCAAGGUUUUAGGAAAACCCACCACAUUAUGUGAAAUUAUCAGGAAAGCUGCAAUGUGGUUGAUUCGAACUUCCUGGGAAUUUGAAUUUCCUUACCCUUAUUUACCUCACUUUGAAUUUGUUGGAGGACUACACUGCAAGCCCGCAAAGCCCCUCCCUAAGGAGUUAGAAGAAUUUGUCCAGAGUUCUGGCAAAGAUGGAGUUGUGGUAUUUACUCUGGGGUCAAUGAUCCAAAACCUCACCGAAGAAAAGACUAACAUGAUUGCAUCAGCUCUUGCCCAGCUUCCACAGAAGGUUCUGUGGAGAUACACAGGAAAGAAACCGGAUACAUUAGGACCCAACACACGGCUAUACGACUGGAUUCCACAGAACGAUCUUCUCGGUCAUCCCAAAACCAGAGCUUUUAUCACUCACUGUGGAACCAAUGGAAUCUAUGAAGCUAUUUACCAUGGGGUCCCUAUGGUGGGAAUUCCCAUAUUUAGUGAUCAGUUUGGUAAUAUUGCUCGUUUAAAGGCCAAAGGGGCAGCUGUUGAAGUAGACUUGCAUUCAACGACCAGUUCCAAUCUGCUUAACUCUUUGAAGGCAGUUAUUAACAACCCUUCCUAUAAAGAGAGUGCUAUGAGGUUGUCAAGAAUUCACCACGAUCAGCCUAUGAAACCCCUGGAUCGAGCAGUCUUCUGGAUUGAGUUUGUCAUGCGCCACAAAGGAGCCAAACACCUGCGGCCAGCCUCCUACAGUCUCACCUGGUACCAGUACCGUUCUUUGGAUGUGCUUGGGUUCCUGCUAGCCUGUAUGGCAACUAUUAUGUUUCUGGUCACAAAAUGUUUCCUGUUUUGUUGCUGGAAGUUUGGUAAGCCAGGAAAGAAGAAAAAGAGAGAGUAGUUUUCUUUGAGUUUGGCUGGAAACCGUGAUAGGGCUCAUCCAAAUUAAUUGAGCUGCUUAUUUGAACAGAUUCCUCUCCUACUCUCCCAAGCUCUUCUCCAUUUCUUAGCUUAUUAAGUCAGAGAUUAAAGACUCUUCCAAGGAGUUGACAACUUGAUUUAGAAUGAAGAUUUUAAGUAAUUUAGCCUUUCAAAAGUGAAGAUAAACCUAUAAGUACAUGGAAGUUACUACUAUUCAAAUCCUAGUCCUUUACUUUAUACAUUUGUUUCAUUUCAACAAAUUGAGAUGAAAAUGGAGGCCUUGGGAACAUAAUGAUUAAUUCUAUAUUCAAUAUCAAUCAUAUUGAACAUUUUCUAAAGAGUUGAUAUCAUUUUGGUUCCUCUAUCUUAUAAUUACAGCAUAUUGUCUAAAGCAACCAGACAAGAAGUAGCAUAGAGCACGCUAUAGCCAGAGCUUUGCUUCCAGUUAGAAAUAUCAGGAGACUGUCAGGGUUUCUACUCUUCUAUGACGCACAUUUAUACCAUCAAUUUCCUUUCAUAUAACCCAUCUGACUUUGUUCUCCUUGGAAUACAAAAUGCUAUUUUUGUCUUUGAUGUGCAGAUCUACUUGAUUUGGAAAUUAAUAAUAAUAGUACUUGAUUUGUAUUGUAACACUGUGUGCCUUCAGAGAACUAGUUGAUUCUGACAAGUUAGUAUGAUUGGUGGUAUGCUAGAGCAAAGCAAAUGACUGCAAUUUAACACCUACCUUCUUAAGUAAUUUAAAAAUUUUAAAAAAUUCUUCCCUAUACUAAUUGUACUUAACCAUAUUUGGAAAGCAAAGGCAAAAGUACUUUGCUACACUGCAGAUAUUUUGGGGAGAAAACGCUUUUCUCAGAAAUGUUACUUGCUAUGGGGGUGAUUUCUCCACCUAACCAGAAACUCAAUCAGUUUGCCCAUUUCUUCUUAUUCCUUUCCUCCAUCACUUCACCUUGUCCUCUCAUAAGCUGUACCGUGACAACUAUACCAGGCACAAGUACUUAGGCUUCUUGUUACCUAGCAUUGGCUAGAAAUCUGCAGUCAACUUUAGGAAGUAAGUUUAAUUUUAAUAGAAUUAAGGCUUUCUCUUCCAAUAUAUUUGACAAUUCUUUGUCCUUAAGGUCAAAGAAUUAUUCAAUCUAACUGUGAUAAUUUUGUCUAUUAAGCAAGUUUAGUAAAUGAUUUAGCACAAAGUUUGACAUUUAUAACCAAAGCUUAAGAGACCUGAACUCAUGUCUCUGUCCUAGAGUAAUACAGAUCACUAGGGGAUAUCUGCCUUUUGACACAAAUAAGAGGACACAAUAGUGACAGAAAUAAGAGGAAGCAAACUAAUUAAUUCUCAGGUGGGAAGUUAACUUUAAAGAAACAUAGGAGAAAAAAUAUAUAUUCCAAAUUUUAUGAGAUUUUGAGAUAAUUGGAUAAUUAUAAUGAUUUAAAGUGUAGAGUUUAAAAAAUGUAAACACUAAUGCUGCUUGGUUUAAGAUCUCAUUAAUGUAAUCAGAGCAAUAAUUUAUGGUGCUGCUGAAUUAUUUAUUCCAGUAAUAAGAUGAUGCUCUUUCCUAUCAUGGCCUUUAAAUCAUAGCUUAAUCUUUGAUCAUUUGAUGUCAAAGUCAAGAUAUCCUUUCACUUUUUUAUUAUUAUAAGAUUAUGUAACAUAAGUAAAGUAAACUCAAGAUUUGAAAGUUUAUUAGCGAUUUCUGAGUUUGUUCAAAAGAACUACCCAGACAAAUAGAUGAAUAUAUUCUAUCUUGUAGAGAUAAAUGCAUUUCUUAGAAACAAAUACUUAUCUAUUUAAUUCAUCUAUAGACCAUUAUAUCAAAUAUAAUAACAUUCUGGUAAUAAUUUUCAAUUUGCAGAGGCUAAGCCUUUGUAACUUACUGCACUUUUUCCAGUUGAAGUUUUAAUAAGAACACAUUUUUCAAGAGUUUAAUUAUUUCUGGUUUUCUUAGUCAGUUAAAAGAGCAUAUCUUAAAAUAAUUUAUUUUUAAACUAUUUACAAUUCAUAUGUGACUAUGUUAUCAAACUCUGCUCACUUUUCUUCUGGAUCAUACCUUAAUUGAAAAUCAAAUAGGUAGCUGCAAAUAUGUUGUACAUAUUCGCAUGCAUAUAUAGAGGAACAAAAAGUUAUGCUGUA